AUGCAGGGCUGUUCUCAGCCGUGCAGACCACCUGGCUCGCUGCUACUCUCCUCCAGUGUGCCAUCGGCCGGCCCAUUCCUUGAAUCAACACCCCCUUUCCCUCACCGCCCCCACAUUGACUCGCAGGGCUGGCUGCUCUCAGCAGUGCAGACCACCUGGCUAGCUGCUACUCUCCUCCAGUGUGCCAUCGGCCGGCCCCCACUUGGCACCUCCGCCCUUUCCCUCACCUCCCCCCCCCCCGCCCUCUCCAUCUUCCCCCUGUCAUGCCCCGUACUGCAUCACAGGGCUGCUCUCAGCCGUGCAAACCACCUGGCUAGCCGCUACUCUCCUCCAGUGCGCCAUUGGCCGGCCUCGCCCCAGCUUCCUCUCAGCCUGCUUACAAGGCACCCAACCGGUGGUUUCGCCUUCAGGGGGUGUCACCUGUGUGCCACCUCCCACCGACCUCUACUAUUUCCGCAAGAGCUUCCCAUCCACGCAAGCCACCUCUGGCGCGUGCCAGCUGUCGCGUGGCCAUUGGCCCUUGCGGCUAGUGCGGGGCUUGCUGACCUGGACACGUACAGCAACGCGCCAGGAGACAUUCUUGCUGGCGUGGCUCUAGGAACCCUCGUGGCAGUCAUUGCUUUCUGGAGGUUCUUUUCAGCUCCUUGCCGUGGCUUUGAGUCGAGGGUAUCCCCAUGGCUGGGCUUCGAGACACUCAGGGACGGCUCACCCCCACCCAAACCUCCCUCUGCUGCCACCCCCACUUGA